UUGAAAAAAGGCUAUGAGAAAAACCGCUCUCGUCAGAGCGAAUCACAACGUCUUCAGAUCCUCCAGUGGAAUGCUGGAAGGAUGUCACAGGACAAGAAGAUUAAAGUACAGAAAAUCCUACAAACCUAUGAUGUAGACAUUUUCACAAUUAUGGAAGCAAACAUUUCGGAUGACAAACUGAAGUACUUCCAAUUCCCAGGUUAUACCCUGUACCUUCUACCUAAAUACCGGCAAGUUGCAAGUGGAAUUCUAACUAGAGUAAAAGAAGGCCUCAUCUUACACUACGAUCUAAUCAAGAGUAUGGACAAUGAACUUCCCCUCAACUUCAACCAACAUCCUGAAAAUCUUUGCACUGCUAUCACAAUUAUUAUGAUCGGAUGUGCAAAGAAAUUUCUUCUCCGAGGCAAGACUAAACACUAUCGAGUGUUUUGGUCUAGACACCUUGAGGAACUGAAAAGAAAGCGGGACGCCAUUCGCAACACUGCUGAUCAGACUGGAAGAACGGAAGACGUACAAGCUUGGAGACGACAAUCAGCUGUCCUAAGGCAAGCCAUCUUACAAGCUAAACGCACUUCUUUCGACAAGUUCAUCUCAAAUAUCAACUAUCAAUAUACGGAAAUGCUCUAUCAAAAUCCAAUCUUUUGCCUGGCCUUAAAUGCUCUAUCAAAAUCCAAUCCUUUACAAACAGGCCUUUCACAGGGUCCACAGGAAGCUGUCACAACCUGCACUCUUUUCAAUGUCCUCAUCAAUGACAUAGCCGAAUUGUCAGCAAUAAAAUCAAUUGGAAGUAGAGAGCCCCCCAAAACAGCUGAGGAAUGUAGAAAACUCCAUGAGCUGCUGAGAGAGAAAAACAAAACAGUGGUCCUACAAUGGAUUCCUGGUCACUGUGGAAUUAUAGGCAAUGAGCUUGCUGACACACUUGCUAAGAAGGGGACAACGAUUUUGCAAUGCAUGGACCGGCCGAUGUCUUUCCACACUAUGAAGGCCUUAAUCAGAAGAGAAUUCCAGACCUCAAGGUGCAACGAACUUAAAACUCGAACAAAGGAGAAACAGUGGACAGUGGCACUCUCCGACAUACCCGACUGGCCAAGAAUCGAAGCCGUUGCUGAGUUUAGACUACGUACCGGACGCGAUUGCUUGGCAAAACACCUUCACAGAUUGGGAGUACACACUCAACCCACAUGCCCUCUAUGUAACCUACAGGAGGAAACGGAGAAGACCCACCUGAUUCGGUGUCCAGCCCUUAAGGCAACGACGGAAAGCCAGAGAUACUGGGAAGCAAGAAGACAGCUAAUGAAUUGCUAUUAA